AAAAAAUCCACCGCCAUUUUGUGUUGGUAAUGAAACUGUCAACUGUAAACGAUUGCGAAUAAUUUAUUUAGCUCAAUUCAUCAUUUAUGUGGUAUUAAAAACAUAGAAGAAAGACCACAACAUCAACAUUUCCACCUUUUGAACCUUGACCUUUUCAUUGUUCAACAUGGACCGCGGCGAUCGACCCAAUUUCAACACAAUCGAGGAAGAAUUAGCUUAUUGGAAGAAUUUAUGUUCGAAAUUUAUGCAGGAAAGAGACACCGUACAAAAUGAAUUUGAUGAUUAUGUUGCUGAAUCCCAACAAUUAGAAAAAGAAUAUGAGGUAACCAUCGAGCAGAAUGAGAAGAAAAUACGCCAAUUAAUGAGUACGAAUAAUCUAAAUCAAAAUGAAAUAGAUUCACUUAAGCUAAAAUUAGAUACAAUUAAUAAAGAAAGGGAUAAUUUAGAAGAUGAUUUACUCAACUUAAAGAAAGAACAGGUGGAUUUCCAACGAAAAAUUCGCGAUUUAGAGCAGAAAAAUGAUGAUUUAGAACAAAGCCACCGGAUGAUAACAGAAAGUAUUAAUGCAGUGGAAUCAGUUUUAAACAGUGCAAUAGAAAGGAAUGCUAUGUUAGAGUCAGAAAUUGAUGAGAAAGAAACGCUGAAAGAAAAAAUUCAACGCCUCACCGACGAAACAAGAGAGUUGAAACAAGAACUACAAGUACGCGAAACGAUUCCGGAUAACGAACGAAUGAUGAACGGCCACGUCGAUUCGAAUCGACUUACGGUCGAGCACGAGACUCAAACGACACCCAUCAAACGUAAGCGAUUGAAAAAGUUUUUGCAAUUUUUACGAUUACGCCGACUUCAGUUUUAAUUUAGUGUGUUGUGUACUUAAUCGAUUUAUUAAGUAAGAUAAAAAUAGUAACAAAGCUCAAAAUUUUGU